AUGCACUCCUCUUUCACUUCCCUUCUGGCUCUCUCCAUUGUCUUGGUGUCUACUGCAGCAGCACCGCAUAGUCACUCAGACCAACUCAUGCGUCGUUUCUCGGGCCAGCGCAUGACUUACUACACCCCCGGACUCGGAGCAUGCGGCGAUACCGAUACUGCCAGUCAAUAUGUCUACGGCAGUGGAAGCAGCUGCGGCAGCUCCAUUACAAUCACCUACAACGGCAACUCCGUAGCUGCAACCGUCGUCGAUAAGUGUACUGGAUGUUCAGGAGACGAGCUGGACCUGUCUCAAGGGCUAUUUGAAUGUUUUGCCGAUGCCAGCGUUGGUGUAAUUUAUGGCGAAUGGGAAUGGAACUGA